AUUACCAUCUCUCCCACCGGCGAAGCCUCCCUAAGUCGCAAUCUACGGUGGUGGCCAUGCCAAAGGACUGCGGAAACCACAAUUCUUACUACCGCCACAAGCUCUAUGGCCGGAUUUUCGCUUGCUUUCUAAGCCUCAUCAUCCUCGUCCUGUUCAUCAUCCUCGUAAUUUGGCUCGUUCUCCGUCCCACUAAGCCCAAAUUCCUGAUCCAGGACACCUCCGUCUACCAAUUCAGCCUCGCGUACAACACAAAUCUCCUCUCUACGAACCUUCAGGUCACCAUCUCUUCCCGCAACCCUAACGAUCGCAUCGGAAUCUACUACGAUCGCCUCGACGUCUUCGCUGAAUACAAAAACCAGCAGAUUACCGCCGCUACAGAGCUCCCUACGGGCUACCAGGGCCACAAUGAUGUCAACAUAUGGUCCCCCUUUCUCUCCGGCGUUGCGGUCUCUGUAUCGCCGUACCUUGUGGACUCCAUCGGCCAGGAUGAGAACGCCGGAUUAAUGCUGAUAUACAUCAAGAUUUCCGGCCGGCUCCGAUGGAAGGUCGGAACCUGGAUCUCCGGCCACUACAACAUCGAUGUCAGCUGCCCUGCGUUUCUCACAGUCGGUAACGAUAAUGUCAACGACGGAUCGCCGGUCUUCCGGUUCCAGCAGAUUUCGCCCUGUAGCGUCGAUGUUUAAGGGAAAUUUAUCUUCUCCAAUUAAAAAAUCUUGACUUGCAUUAGUUAUUGAUGCGAUCUUUGCAGGGAUAAUUACCUUCCGAUUUGCAUCGGCGCAAUGGAUGCGAUGCACGAUAAAUGCAUUACGAUGUGUUCCAAACGUGAAAUUUAAUGUCUUAAUGCAAUUUUUCUUUAUUCUUUUUUAAGCGCAUUUACUCUCUUACUUGCUUUUCUUGUAAAGCAAAAUAUAUAUUGAUCUUUCAGUGCUAUGCAAUUAGUAUGUACUCUGUGCUUAUUUACAAGAUUGAGUUUCAUUGGGUGACGUA